GCAAAAAACAGAGAGAGAAAAGAGAGGAGAGAAAAGGAAGAAGAAAGAAACCUAGUACCGCGUGCACCCAGUCAGUGUGAACAUGGGUGUGAUCGCCUCCAGAGUUCAGUCUUCAGGCGUCAACCAACAUCAUCAGAGGCUAUCCGACAACUCAAUGUCCAACCCAAUGGUCGUGAAAGGUAGCAUGAGCGGGAAAGGUCGAACCUUUCAAGACGUGCCCACAGUGAUCUAUCCCGAUUUGGAGGAUGAUCAUAGCAGUGAAAUGAGUGUGGAGACCACGUCUCUCUUUACGCAAACUUCAGGCUCAUCCGUGAAUAACAAUACAGCAAGUCCUGCCUUCUCGAACAACCUUGGCCUUGAUAACGGAACAUGCAGUGUUUCUCACUCAAAGGAAGGGCAGGUAUUCCCCUUAGCCCGGUCAGAGUCUGGACACCUAAAAGUGGUGUCUAAAAGCUCGAGCUCGAAACCUGGACAUCGAAGAUCAACCACAUCGUCCACUUCUCCCCAACGACGACACCGGCGACACCGGCGAAGGUCAGCCAAGGUCACUGGUUCGAUUUCUGGGUCGCCUUCGUCCUCCGCAUCGUCCACAUCUGACGAAGCAGAUCUUACUGCCAAUGGACGUUCUCAAGGGGUCGAGAAGUCUCCUGGGAGUCUUAAUAGCGGCUUGAGCGAGGAAAUGAAGACAGCAGGGCCUCAAAGGCUCUCACGGCCUCGGAGGAGUGCGAAACGCUCGAAAAGUCAACGCAACAGGCUCCAAGCCAAUGCCAACACCGUUAAUGAAGCCUGGCUUUCACAUCCCAGUAUGUUCCAUGGGUCCAACAACAUGCCUCGCGUAGCGAGUACUGGAUGCAUCAUGGACUUGGCCAAUCUUCAAAUACAAGAUGGCUUCCAUCCAGCCAUUCCGUCACCGGCUUUAACACCCACUGGUCGAGCCUCGAAGCUAAAGCCGUUGCCAAUCACGGGCAAAGGUGGCAAAAUCUUCGACCAUCCCGCCAUUGUCCUUCCACAAGAUAUCGAAGGUCGCGAGCUCCGUGAAUUCGGAUCCGGUUGUCGAAAACGCCGAAGACCCAAACUACAACGACAGCUCAGUCUGAUUGACUUGGAAUACGAGAUUGAAGAGUUUAGCAUUCAUGGUUCACUCCGGAAUUCGACGGACAAUCGGAGUAGUCGAUCGCCGUUACAUCAUCGUAGUGAUCAGAACCUUCGGGCUGCUGCUAAAACGACAAAGACGGUGGCGAUCCCGAGCUCGCAAGGCAGCGUAGACAUCGAUGAUCAAACGCGAUUCAAUUUUACGAGCAAUGCCAUUGAGAAAUUCUCAGAAAUUGGCCAGAUUCAAGCCUCUCAGACUCUUCAACAUGGUCGGAUUGUUUCAAAAAAGCAUACAUCUUCCUCAUCUUCGAUUGUGUUGCCAGGCUUUUGUCGGAAGUACAGAACGAGUUUUAGUAACACGGUUAAAGAAUUCUGUCAACAAAGUAAACCGUAAUAAAUGACAAUGAUUCCACGC